UAGAUAUAUUUUCUCAUGAUUAUAAACAAAAACAAAGUAAAAACUAAAAAGCUGUACUGCAAUGUAAACGGUUACAUUCAGACUACAUUUUUGUAUUGUCAUAGGACUAAAGGAUGUUUCUUAGUGUUUCUAAUCAGAUGCAACAUUAUAGCAAUGACCACACUCUCUAGACAGCCAGAAUACAUUUGUAGAUGCUAUUUGAAUAAGAAUAUUUUCAUUAAAAAGUUUAGAAUUCAUACAACUUAUGAAAGUGAUGAACAGUUUGAGAAGGAAUUUAGAUCACUUCUUCGCUUAAAUGGAUGUUCUACAGAUAAACAGUAUCAAAAUACUUUGUCAGGGGUGCACGAAGAAAUAAAACGCAGAUCAACAUACCAUAAGCAAUUUCUUGAAAAUUAUGAAUAUAAUCAGCAACAUUAUGAAAAACUGAAUCCUGAAAUAUGGAGUCUUCAACCCUGUUUUCUUGACCCAAGGUUUGUAACCAUUGCACAUGAUGCCACAGGUCUGUCAAAGGAAAAACUCAUGUCUCUAAUAUUACACAUGGGAGGGGAUAUAACAGAAGCCAUGGUAUACAAACUUCCAGUUUUCACCAAAGCAUUUUGUUUUAAACUGAUAGAUGAAAUAUCUAAUUUUGAAAAAUUUCCUGGAAGAAAAACAAGGCCAAAUACAAUGAAUGCUAGUGGAAUAUCAUUGGAUGAGAUGGGCUUAUCAGAUAGUCUGAUCACUUCACUUGUCAGGGAUUAUUUUCAACCAAUCACUCGCAUCCUGUUUCCUCACUGGGGUGGGGGCCUCAUUGAUUCCUAUCGAGCAUUUAUUGUAAAAUAUGAGGCUCAUGGUGACAGGGAACUGAGCCUACACUUUGACAAUUCAGAAAUUACUGCCAAUAUUAGCAUCAACGAAGACUAUGAAGGGGGACAAUUGCAGGUCCGUAAAAUGUCAACAGCUGCAGGAGUUGAUGAGGAAUUUUCAGAGCCUAUGGUCAAGAUCAGUCAUGAGAUGUGCUUUGGUUUACUUCACUGUGGUCGCCAACACCACUCAGCACUACCCUUAAAUCAAGGAAUCAGAUACAAUCUAGUCAUCUGGAUGAGAAGUUCAGAAGUUCGCAACAAGAUGUGCCCAAUGUGUCACGACGUCCCAGAUUUGAUUGAAGUGCCUAUUGCUGGUGAUGGCUUCAUUCCAAUAAAAAAGAGCAAACACACAUGUAGUUAUUUAUAACUAUUAUACUUGCAUACUGAAUUGCCUUAACCUACUAAACUUGAAUAAAUGUAAAUAAAAUGAAUGUUUUUAAAAAAAGGCUAUUGUAUAGCUAUUAUAUUUACAGUUGUAAAGUAUUCUUUUAGUUGUUGACCAAUAACUUAUUAGAA